AUGUCGGGCUCAAACCUUGCACAAUUCAGGGCAGCCCUGGACAAGGUGAAGGCGGAUGUUGGAGUAUUACAGCAACACCAACUUAUGGUGUUGACAGAUCCGGCAGUUGAUGAGUCUGAGGGUGAAAUCCCAUUGCUUGAUCUCACAGAGGAACCAAUGAAGAAAAAGAAAAAGAAGGGUAAGAAUAAAGGCAAGGGUAAUAGAGAAAGGCCUGACAGUGAUAAAGAAAGAAAAGCAGAGAAGAGGGUGAGAAAGAAGGCUAAAAAAGAUGAAAGAAAGAAGAAAAUGAUUGAGUUCUUAGUUGACAAUAAUAAAUGGGAGGCAGUUGUCCGAGUGAGAGACGUAGGUUCCUCAAUGAGUAGGCCCUCAACAGCUGCUGGGCCAGAUACAUCAAAAAGGAGGGAGACUCCCAAUGGAGAAAAGACAGUUGAGGAUGCAGCAGCAGGGCGUGAAUCCAUUUUCUUCAAGAAGAUUAUUAAAGUUACCAACACAGGACUAAGUCGUCCAGCCUUAUACAUUGCUUCUUGUUCAAUUGGAAUACAUCGCCGAGCCAGGCCCAAUAAUUCUUGGGUUCAAGAUGGAUCUAAUGAUAGUAUUAGAAUACUUUUAGUUUGUGGCAUUGGUGGAAUUGGAAAGACAACGCUUACCAAAUUUGUUUAUAAUUUGAACCUUGGAUAUUUUGAAAUUAGUUGCUUCUUAGCAAACAUUAGAGAAACUUUCAAACUCCCUAAUGGUCUCGUGACUUUGCAAAAGCAACUUCUUUCUACCUUUCUAAAGAAUGAAAAAGUAGAAAUAUCAAGUGUUGAUAAAGGAAUCAUCAAGAUAAGAAAUGUUUUAUGUUUUAGAAAAGUUCUUGCUCUUGAUGAUGUUGAUGAGACUGAUUUUGUUGAAGUAAUAUUUGACAUGAAGGAUGGGUUUGACUAUGGAAGUAAAAUAAUUGUAACAACUAGGCACAAGAGCUUAUUAAGACCUCAAUUAGGCCAUGAGGUUCAUGAAGUUGAAAUUUUGUUCACAAUUGAAGAAAAUGAGCUCUUCAAUUUUCAUGUAUUUGGUGAAAAAAAUCCAAUUAGUGAAGAUUAUAAUUACAAAGAGUAUUCAGAGAAAGUGAUUGAAUGGUGUAGAGGACUUUCAUUAGGUCUUCAAGUUAUCGGUUCUUUGUUGGCUGGAAAAUCUAAGGAUGUAUGGAGAAGUGCAAUAGAAAAGUUGAGAGAAAUUCCCACUAAUAAAAUUGUUUACAAAUUGAGAUUGAGUUAUGAAUUGUUGGAAGAUGAUCAUGAUCAAAAUUUAUUACUUUAUCUUUGUUGUUUCUUUGAAGGAAUGAAAAAGGAUUUUGUAGUUAGGAUAUUAGAUAAAUGUAACUUUUACACACUUGUGGGAAUUCAAAAUCUCAUUGAUAGAAGUUUAGUGACAAUUGAAUAUGUUAAUGAGAUAACAAUGCAUCAAUUAGUAAGGGAUAUGGGAAGAGACAUUCGGCUGGAACCAAGGUUUGCUGGCGAUGAAUUUUUUGAUGAGCAGCAGCCAAAGGUGCUAGUCGUUGGGCUCCCAUCAAUGGCUGGUGCUGUUACGCCAUUAGUUGGACGGAGCAGCGGCAGGCGAUGA